AUGGCGGACAGACCUCAGAAUUCAACCGAAGCCGCGAAUGGCUCGAUAGCAAAGCCUCAAAUAUCGCAAAUUUCAAGCUUUGUAUCGCCACCUGGAUCAAAAACACCGCCAAGCAUGCCGACCAAGCGCACGAUGUAUUUCCCAGACAACUCCGGCAAUCGCCCGCAAGAGGGAGCAGAUCCAGUUGAUCCGAAUGCAUUAACGAAAGCUUUGAAGGAAUAUGAGACUGCUGGCGCUCGGCGGGAGCGAACGCCGGUAUCGAGUCCGUGUCGCAAGCGACAGCGAGUCUAUGGGGAUCGUUUCAUACCCAACCGCGACGGCCAAGAUCUACAGGCGACUUACAGCUUGUUGCACGAAGAUGGUUGCCCCUCUACUCCCUCCAAGGCCAAGAAGCGUGGACCUCAUUCCGAAUUACACUUCCAAAAAACCGACGAAGCCAACCGUACAUUUUCCCGGGUUUUGCGCAGCGAACUGUUUGGAAACACCGUUCCACAACCCGACUUGAACUCAACACCAGCCGACCCAUUACAUGGCUUCACUAAUGGAAUUAAUGACAAGACUCGCUCCCACACACCUCCUGCACAUAUUGCUGCCAAUCUACCUCCUGCAAGCAUCACCCCAACCACCCCUCACAAGAAUCUCUUCAACUAUGGACCUUCAAGGCCUGGAUCUGGACACCCGACCCCUUCAAAAACCCCGAGAAGUCUCCAUGGACCCAACUUAGAUGUCCGGUCGGAACUGUACAGCCUCUCUCCUAUCCGAUACGAUAGCCAACGGAUACUCGAGACGCCUCGCAAACAGGCCCGUUAUGUGAACAAGGUUCCCUACAAGGUCUUGGAUGCACCUGACCUGCAAGAUGACUUUUACCUGAAUCUGGUCGAUUGGGGCAGCAGCAAUGUCCUCGGAGUUGGAUUGGCCAAUUCUGUCUACAUGUGGAACUCACAUACCGGACGAGUCACUAGAUUGUGCGAACUGAAAGAUGACACCGUAACUAGUGUUAACUGGAUUCAAAGGGUAACAAACAAACCAUCCUCGCUUUCAAUGCUGAACAGUACUGACAAAACGACACAGGGUACUCAUCUUGCAAUUGGCACAGGGAAAGGUCUUGUACAAAUCUGGGAUGCUGAGCAUUGCCGUCGGUUACGAACCAUGAUCGGACACACCAACCGAGUAGGCGCUCUGGCAUGGAAUGAUCACAUUCUCACAUCUGGAUCCAGAGACCGUCUCAUCUACCACCGUGAUGUUCGCUCUCCCGAUCAGUACAUCCGAAAGCUUUCUGGUCACAAGCAAGAAGUUUGCGGCUUGAAAUGGAACACCGAAGACGGCCAACUGGCAUCUGGCGGUAACGACAACAAGCUGAUGGUCUGGGACAAGCUUAAUGAAACGCCUCUUUACCGCUUCUCUGACCACAAUGCCGCAGUCAAGGCUAUUGCGUGGUCUCCACACCAGCAUCAUCUUCUUGCCUCAGGCGGAGGUACGGCAGACCGCACGAUCAAAUUCUGGAACACUUCGACCGGAACAAUGAUCAAGGAGGUCGACACUGGUAGCCAGGUCUGCAACCUUUCUUGGUCCAAGAACUCAGACGAGAUCAUCAGCACACACGGCUACAGCCAGAACCAAAUCGUCAUUUGGAAAUACCCUCGCAUGGAACAAAUCGUCUCACUGACUGGUCAUACUUUCCGCGUUCUUUACCUCGCCAUGAGCCCCGAUGGCCAGACCGUCGUAACAGGAGCAGGUGACGAAACACUCAGGUUCUGGAAGAUCUUCGAUAGACGGGCGACCAGAGACACCCGCCGUGAAGGGAGCAAGCUGGCUGAAUGGGGUACUAUUCGCUAG